AUGCGCCAUCAUGCAUGUUGGGAGUAAGUCCAUGAACCGUUGCACGCACGAACGCCAGCAGAACAAUUGACGGCGCACGCCUUGGUCACGGGACUCACUCGAUCGAGCAGUCUGGACAAUGCCACACCGCUCCUCCACCUCUACAUUCCCAGAGGCUUGGCGCAACAAUGCUCAAAGAUCGGACCUGCUGCCAUCGUGGGAUGGCUUGUGCGCGGCGGUCCUGACGAGACGAUCAUCAUUGUAGCAGGCGCGCUUGCCUUGCACCAUGAAGCCCUCUCGAUGAUCGAAAAGACGCAGGAGCUGGGUGAAGAAACGAGGCCGAGCAAGCCAUCCAUACUGGGCACCUGCAAUGUCGGUAUUCAACAGUCUGACCCUCACAGCCACGAGGAGAGGCUGCGCAUAUACCGCGCUCAACGUGAUGUCUGGCUCGAGGCUGGGGUUGCCGAAAUUUCGCCUCGUGGGCCCCUGUCGUAUUCGAGGAAACGACUGGAGAUGUGAGUGGAAUCAGACUCAUGAUGAGUAACUGCGCGGCACGAUGUCAUCUCUAGUCUAUUCAAUCUGCUGACUUACCUUGCGCCGGUAGACGCUCCAUCGCGCUCCGAUUCUCAUGCAGGGCAGCUCCAGCACUGACCGUCAUCAACUACAUUCCCCCAAAAUCUAAUGCCCUGCAAUUCCUAUCGCUCGAGCCUUUGGUCUUGCUACAGCCAGCGCAAGGCCCCCAGCCAACGAGCGAAGCAAAAAUCACUCGUCCCAGGUACGCUCAUCUUUCCGCCAAUCAAUAUCUUCAACAAACAAGGGCUGAAAAAUUAGUAGCUCUGGAUCCAGUGAGGAUGAAAGAUGCGAUGGAUUUGCAUCCAAAAGGUCGAGCACCUGGGUCUGGGCUUAGGAAGGCUGUCGAACUGGUGAGUACGGCAUAUUGCAACCGUGUCAGAUUGUCUGUGAAACGCCGUGCUGAGAGGCCCAUGGCUAUCAUAGAUCAACCGAGCGUCUACCUGCAUGAGUAACUUAGACACACCUCCUCGCGAGACGCGUCACUCGCAAGAAUGCUCGGCCUCAGCACUCACCGAUUUGAGCAUUAUGUUGUUUCCAUUGUCGCGCAUGUGCAGCAUCCUUCAGACAAUUCUCCGCACAUCUCUGGGUGCGGCAAGAGACGCAGGUUUGGUGGGCGUAAGCAUGGCAGGUUAGUGCAGCGGCAGUUCCUUUUUGGUCGCACCGUUGUCCAAUCUCACCUUAUGCUCUUCGGGCUGAGCACAGCCUGCCAACUUGAUCUUCGUCUGGGUCAACUCUCAACAUGGCCCUCUUUGGGCAGUCGGCUCCGACGGUGGCGUCGAUCUGGCUUGGUCCCAAUCUCGGAUCUCAGCGCACGGUACAUCAGUCUUUGGAACGGUGUCUGGCUCGUCGCCAACGACCUCAUCAUUGGGCACGCCGUCGGCGCGUUCGUCUGCGAUCACCAUCAAGCUAUUGCUGCUGCAGUCUCUCAGGCAAUCCAGAAAGUCGCGCUGGACUCUAUUCAGGAAUUGCUCGUGUGGCUCGGCAAUUGGCCGGCUGGUAUUAAGCUCAAUGCUGAGCUGGCCUCCUUCUUUGGAGACAUGUUCAGAGGUCUGAUAGACUUAUGGGAGCAUACGGCAUACAAGACUUUUCAUGCGCAGCUGCCACAAGCUGUCGUGCUGAUCGGCAUGAGUGGUCGAUAUUUCGGACUCACAAUGCUACUGUCUCUCACUUCCGACCUCAUCUCAAUCUCAACGCUUCACCUUUCCAUUUUCUACAUUUUGGUAAGAUACAUCAACACCUUUUUCCUCCAUCUGCUGGGCGUCCUCUUUCAUCUGUUUCGGGGCAAAAAGCGCAAUCCUCUACGGGGUGGACGAGUAGAUGAUGCGACGUAUGAUGUUGAUCAACUAAUGCUGGGCACGAUUCUCUUCACUCUGCUAGCGUUUCUCUAUCCCACCGUCUUUCUAUACUACGUUGCCUUUGCCAGUGUCAGGUACUGCAUCGUAGCUGCGACCACAGCUCUUGACACUCUGAGAGCAAUCUUUAACCAUCUGCCCCUCUUCGCCAUCUUGCUGCGGAUCAAGGAUCCCUCUCGUCUACCAGCCGGAAUCAACAUGCAAUGGAUCGACGACUCGCGCGACUCGCAAUUUCCCUCUGCAGCCUCUCAUUUCGAGCUGCGUAGCGUUCCGCUAGACAUCACCUCGCUGUUUGUCGGCUAUCGCUCCCACUUUGCCGGACUCAUUGCAUUGCCGUCUCUUCUCGCAGCUAUCUUUACAGGACAAUACAUCUCAGCUCCAGACGGCACAGGCGCGCAUCCAUAG